AUGGUGAGAGCCAUAGAUUUGUUCUCUCAACAAUCAGAAGAAAACUCCUACCUGCUUGAAGAAUGCUUAAGUAGCAUCAGUCAAUAUCCUAACUACAAAUUAAAUUUUGGGAAACCCCAGGGCACAGUGGCCAGGGUUCACAUUGGCCAGGUCAUCAUGUCCAUCCGCACUAAGCUGCAGAAUAAGGAACAUGUGAUUGAGGCUCUUCGUAGAGCCAAGUUCAAAUUCCCUGGCCGCCAGAAGAUCCACAUCUCAAAGAAAUGGGGCUUUACUAAGUUUAAUGCCGAUGAAUUUGAAGACAUGAUUGCUGAGAAGCGACUCAUUCCUGAUGGCUGUGGGGUCAAAUAUAUUCCUAAUCGUGGUCCCCUGGACAAGUGGCGAGCCCUACACUCCUGAGGGCUUUCAUGGUGCUCUCCUGUACCCUACCAAAUCAUGUUCAGUAAUAAAUCUCACAUCCAGUCUG